ACACGAAUGUAACAUGGGCCACGUGACCGCGGAUACCGGAAUUUGCCGGUGUUCUCAGCCGUUCACCCUUCGCUCGCUGUCAUACCCAGUGUCAAGGCUAUCCUGAGGACCGAUUGAACAAAGGUGAGCUUAUUUUCAUGCACGCAGCCAUUCAUUAGGAAGCACAUUGCCCGGCUGCGAUGAAUUAGAAGAUUUUUGAGCCAGAUCUUGUCUGGUUUUUCGCUGGAUGGACGGGUUUCCCUGUGGAUAACACGGAUUUACCGAAUCUUUACCUGCAGAACGCUUCCAUCAUGUCCCUCGUUGUCCCUGAAGCACAUCAGCAAUUUCAGCACAUUCUGCGUUUGCUCAACACGAAUGUUGACGGAAAGCGCAAAAUUAUGUACGCUCUGACAGAGAUCAAGGGUGUCGGGCGUCGCUACUCCAACCUUGUUUGUAAGAAGGCAGAUGUUGACCUCAAUAAGCGUGCCGGUGAAUUGAACUCUGACGAGCUUGAGCGUAUCGUCACGAUUAUCCAAAAUCCUACUCAGUUCAAAAUCCCGACUUGGUUCCUGAACAGACAGAAGGACAUUGUAGACGGCAAGGACUCCCAGAUCCUGUCUAACGGUGUUGAUUCCAAGUUGCGUGAUGACCUCGAGCGAUUGAAGAAGAUUCGGGCCCACCGUGGUCUAAGACACUUCUGGGGCCUGCGGGUGCGUGGUCAGCACACAAAAACUACUGGCCGUCGCGGGAAGACUGUCGGUGUGUCAAAGAAGCGUGGUUAGAUGGGUUUUAUUGCAUUAUUCUUCUUGUCCUCUGUAUGAUUUGCUCGCAUAUGAUACUACCUAAAUGCAAGCUAUGCAAUCACUUCGGGAGAUAGGCUUACUGUGACUGGUGACGGAGUGAUAAAGGAACUAGCGCAAGCUCGGUGUGUCUUCGAUGUUGUUUUUUAUAUUGAUACAUGGAUUACUAUUGCCAAGUUCGAGGCAACUGGCAAAAGUCUAUAAAC